AUGUCGGGCAAGGUGACGUAUCGCUCCCCCGACGCGCUGCAGAACCUCCGGAUUCGCGUCGCGCUCACGCGCGUGAGCGCGCCGCGACCGGACCGCGCGCUCGAGAUGGAGCGCCGGCUCGAGGAGUCGCAGAACGCCGCGCGGUUCGGAAGCGAGCGCGAGGCGAACGCGGCGUCCGCGGAAGCGACCGCGGCGACGGCGCUCGGACCGUCCGCCUCCGCGAGCGAGCUCGCGGCCGCGGACGCGAUGGAAGCCGCCGCCGCCGCGAACGCCGCCGGCGGCGGCGCGCGCGGCGCGAAGCCGUCGCUCGCGCCGGCGCCGUCGUUCAAGAUCGGUACCGACUACGAGGCGCAACGCGACGCCGCCGCCGCGGGCGCGCCGCGGACGGACGCGGACGACGGCGGCGUCGUGACCGCGUUCGACCCGUACGCGACGGAGGAAGGAGGAGGAGGAGGAGGAGGAGCCCCCGGCCCUGGACCGGUGACGGAGGGGAAGGGCGGCGCCGAAGACGCCGAAUCCCUGGCGGCGCGGUUCGCGAGACAGACGACGCUGACGCGCGGGCCCAUCGCGCCCGACGACCCGGACGCGCCGAUACGGUUCGAGCGCAUCGUCGCGUGGCAAGAGAAGGUGUUCGGCGCGGUCGAGAUCGAUCGCAUCAAGUCGAAGGGCGCGCCGGAGACGGAGCUCGAGAGGCGGUACUCGCGGAUGAUCGACGAGGGGAACCUCACGGGGGAAGCCAUCUACACGUACGCGUCGGCGGAUCCGUUCGCGGACGACCGCGACGCGGCGAAGACGGUCACGACGAGCGCGUUCGAGCCGCUGAACGGGCUCUUCCGCAAGAUCUUCGGCGCGCCCGCGGAGCGACGAGGCGAGGACCCGAAGGGGAGGGGCGUCGCGUCGCUGUGCGCGAAGAAGCCGAGCCCGGAGUUGGCGCGGUCGGCGGCGAGGAAGCGCGCGGAGAACGCGCGCGCGGCGUCGAGGCGCCGCCGCCGGGGCCAGGGCGGAUCCUCCGCGCCGAUCUCGACGUUCGCGAUCUGCGCGGACUGCGGCCCUCUGGAGCUGCCGCCGUCGCACCCGGUCUUCGACGGGCCCGACGGUAAGAACGCGGAGCGAGAGGCGCUCGUGAUGCUCGUCGAAGCGUUCGACGACGGCUCGAUCGCGUUCACGCCGGACUUCACGAAGGAGAACGAGCCGAUCCGCAUCGAACGCAGGGACGGCAGCGUGUUCGAGGUUGUCGUCACGAACGCGUCGGAGCGCGGGGAGAGCGCGCUGGAGAAGCGUCAAAACGACAUCGCGCCGACGGCGGCGCUUCGCAGGUUGGAGCUCAUGAAACGCCGCGGCGUGGGCGGUUUCGUCCCCGCGCCCGGGCCGAACCCCGGCGUGAUGCGGCUCGUCCUCCUCGGCGAGAUCGUCAGCGGCCGAGGGUUCGAGAGGGACGAUUUAUACUGCGAGUGGGUCUUGGACGCUGACCCGGUGAUUUGGAAGCUCUCCGGAAGCGUCGCCGGAAAGGGCGGCGACGACGCCGGCCGCAACGCCCCGGUCGUCACCGCGGGGGUCACGCAAAUUUGCCGAUGCACGACGUACCCGAACACCCGCGACGGCGAGGGCGACGGCGCCUUCUCCGGCGACCGCAGGGUCGCGCACUGGAGCUUCCCGUUCGAGCUCGAGCUCGUCGCGCAGUCGGAGCCGGAGCCCGAUCAGUUCCCGUCGCUCUUCUUCCAGGUGUCCUCCUACGACCAGUGGGACCGGUACCGGUGCGAGGGGUACGGCUACCUCCCGCUGCACUCCGUCCCGAUCGGCAGCGUCGAGCACAAGGUGAUGACCUGGCGCGCGGGGGGCGCGAUCGUCGACCGCAUGAAGGAGCACUUCGUCGGCGGCACCCCCGAGCUCGGCGAUCUCGCGUACGCGGGGACGCCGCGCGACGCCAAGGCGGGCGCGAAGUCGGCGGUGCACUCGCGCCUGGGGUUCGUCGCGGACAGCAGCGGCGAGAUCAAAGUCCGGACGCACGUCGCGACGCAGACCAAGGAGGAUCUCAGCGGCGGCGCGAAGCGCGGCUUCGGGCUGCUGCGCGCGAUGACGACGAGGGACGGUCAGGGCGGCGGCGAGGGCGAGGGCGGCGGCGACGCCGCUUCGCACCCCUCGGAGUCCGCCGCGACGCGCGAGAGGCGCGCGCGGUCGCAGCUGGACGUCGGCAACGUCAUCGAGCGCGCGCGCGCGAGGCUCGCGGAGGCGCGCGCGCAGGGCCGACUGCACCCGGACGCGGCGCCGAGGGCGGUGCUGCUCUCUCGCGGCGCCGGCGAGAACGCGGAUCCGAACGCCGCCGACGGUCACGGGUCCGGGUCGCUCGCGCGCGCGUCGUACGACCGCGACCGCGACCGCGUCUCGCGCGCCGCCGCGUCGCGCGGGGAGAGGGAGGAACGAGAACGAGAGCGGGCCCCGCCGGCGUCGAGGCGCGACCGCGUCGUCGCGACGCCGCCGAGGGCGGCGGCGCGGGCGCCGCGGCCGGUGACGCCGCCGGAGGCGACGUUCGUGGACGACGCGCUGCGGCGCGUCGCCGACCGCGAGGUUGCGCCCGCGGCGUCCGUCGACGACGCGAGCGGCGGCCGCCGGCCGGUGACGGAGAGCGUCGACGUCGACGACGUGAUCGAGCGCGCGAAGGCGAGGAUCGCCGCGCGGCGGUGA